CUCCCCGUUCAGCCUAUAUAAGGAGCGCACUCCGCGCCCCGGGUACACGCGCUUCAACUUCGGUUGGUGUGUGUCGAAGGAAGCAGACACCGGACGGCGACCAGCGGAGAGGUCCACCGAGCCUCGCGGACGGUCCACUGAGCGGCUCGUGCCCGCUCGCCCCGAGCGGCCGAGCACCCGGUGGAUCCCACGCCCGGCCAGGUGUGGGACCCCGUCCUUCCCGUCUUCGCAGAGGAGUCCUCGUGUGAAACAAGCGAGUUUUGAAACCAAGGAGGAGGGGUGGAAGAGGGGGCCCGGAUCCCGGCCUCCAGCCCCAGAGGAGCGAAGCCACACCGGCACCUGGGAGGUCUCCUCCCACCCCAGCAGUGCCCAUGGGUCUUGCUGGCUGCCCCCCACCUCCCCCUCCCCCUCCCCCCAACAACAACAACAACAACAACAAACCCAGUGGCCACAAGAGCGCCUGCGUGCCCAACUCCACCGAACGCAGACGCGAUGAGCUGUCCGAGGAGAUCAACAACCUGAGAGAGGUGGUCAUCAGGCAGUCCGAGGAGAACAGCAACCUGCAGAGCCAGGUGCAGAAACUCACCGAGGAGAACAGCACUCUCCGCGAGCAGGUGGAGCCGACCCCUGAGGAUGACGAGGAUGACAUUGAGCUGCAGGGCGCUGCGGCAGCCGCUGUCCCAUCCACCCAGACCGAGGAAGACUGCCCAGAAGAAGACCUUCCAGAGAAGUUCGAUGGCAACCCAGACAUGCUGGCUGCUUUCAUGUCCCAGUGCCAGACCUUCAUGGAGAGGAGCACCAGAGAUUUCUCACUUGACCGCGUCCGUGUCUGCUUCGUGACAAGCAUGAUGACCGGCCGUGCUGCCCGCUGGGCUUCCGCCAAGCUGGAGCGAGCCCAUUACCUGAUGCACAACUACCCAGCCUUCAUGAUGGAGCUGAAGCAUAUCUUUGAAGACCCCCAGAGGCGCGAGGCUGCAAAACGCAAGAUCAGACGUCUGCGCCAGGGCAUGGGCUCUGUCAUCGACUAUUCCAACGCUUUCCAGAUGAUUGCCCAGGACCUGGAUUGGAAUGAGCCUGCGCUGAUUGACCAGUACCAUGAGGGCCUCAGUGACCACAUCCAGGAGGAGCUGUCCCGCCUGGAGGUUGCCAAGUCGCUGUCCGCUCUGAUUGGCCAGUGCAUUCACAUUGAGAGGAGGCUGGUCAGGGCCGCCGCUGCUGCUGCACGCAAGCCGCGCUCCCCGCCCCGGGCGCUGGUGCUGGCUCACCACCACCACCACCACGACCCCACCGAGCCUGUCGGGGGUGCCCGCAUGCGCCUCACCCAGGAGGAGAAGGAGAGACGUCGCAAGCUGAACCUCUGCCUCUACUGUGGGAAUGGAGGGCACUACGCCGACAACUGUCCAGCCAAGGCCUCCAAGUCUUCACCGGCGGGAAACUCCCCGGCCCCGCUGUAGAGGGACCAUCAGCGGCAGGGCCAGAAAUCAUAAGGUCCCAAGAUGAUUUAGAGGCUCACUUGCAAGUGAUGCUCCAGGUCCAUCUCCCGGGCAGAAACACCCUGUUUGUCCGAGCCAUGAUCGAUUCGGGUGCUUCUGGCAACUUCAUCGAUCAUGAGUACGUUGCCCUGAACGGAAUUCCGCUGAGAAUCAAGGACUGGCCAAUCCUGGUGGAAGCGAUCGAUGGGCGCCCCAUAGCAUCGGGCCCGAUUGUUCACGAAACCCACGAGCUGAUCGUCGAGCUGGGAGAUCACCGCGAGGUGCUGUCCUUCGAUGUCACUCAGUCUCCCUUCUUCCCCAUCGUCCUUGGGGUUCGCUGGCUGAGCACCCACGACCCCAACAUCACCUGGAGCACCCGCUCCAUCGUCUUCGACUCCGACUACUGCAGAUUCCACUGCCGGGUAUACUCUCCGAUUCCUCCCUGUGUACCCGCCGCGGUGCCCCACCCGUCGCUUUAUUACGCUGUAGACGGGUUCAGAGUCUACCAACCAGUCAGAUACUACUAUGUCCAGAAUGUGUACACUCCAGUAGACGAGCAUGUCUAUCCGGAUCAUCGGCUGGUCGACCCUCACAUUGAGAUGAUCCCUGGAGCACACAGCAUUCCCAGUGGCCACAUUUAUUCGCUGUCCGAACCGGAGAUGGCAGCUCUCCGCGACUUUGUGGCCAGAAACGUGAAGGAUGGGCUGAUCACCCCCACCAUCGCACCAAAUGGAGCCCGGGUUCUCCAGGUGAAGAGGGGGUGGAAGCUGCAGGUGUCUUACGACUGCCGAGCUCCAAACAAUUUCACCAUCCAGAAUGAGUAUCCUUGCCUGUCAAUUCCAAAUUUGGAUGACCAAGCGCACCUGGCAACUUAUGCUGAAUUUGUUCCUGAAGUGCCAGGAUACCCAUCCUACCCUGCCUAUGCCGCCUAUCCCACCUACCCAGUGGGAUUUGCAUGGUACCCAGUGGGACGAGACGGUCAAGGAAGAGCCCUCUUCGUGCCUGUCAUGAUCACUUGGAAUCCCCACUGGUACCGCCAGCCUCCAGUACCCCAGUAUCCGCCUCCGCAGCCGCCUCCUCCACCCCCACCACCUCCUCCGCCUCCCUCCUACAGUGCCAUGUGAGUACCUCACAUGUCCUUUAAGAUCUCCACCCUCCAAGUUCAUUCCUGUGCAGCUUCUCAAUCAGUGACUGUGCUAAAUUGUGCUACUGCAUCUUCAGGCCACCUGAGGCACGACCUCUCUGAAAGGCUACUGAAGGUCAAGGCCACCCUGAACUGGUACACAUUAAAGCACCAAAAGACCCUCAACAAUUCUGGGAGCCACAGAAUGCCAACAAAGUAUCUCUCAGUUUUGAACCUUGACUGCCAAUUUUACCGCUGCCAAAUUUUCUCUACAGAGAAGCUGAUGCACACACAGGAGAUGCUGAUUUCUUUAUGGAGGGGGAGACAAGAAGAAGGAGGACCUGACCUUUCUUACAGUUUCGGUCCUCUACAUUAUCUGAGACCAAUGCCUUACAAAGGAAGCCACAAUUAACUGGUGCAGUGUGGAAAGGCUUCCGUGAUCCUCUUGCUGCACCCACGGGAACUUCACCAUCUUCAAACUCCACUUUCAUGGCUCCUUAAUUCUCAAGGAACAGCAACUGGACUGGCUGUCCUAGGAGCAGGCAAAACCCCUGCAACAUGGAACCCCUCAGGCCUGCAAAGGAAGUGCUCUCUCAGACAGACUUGCGUGUUAAAGAGCAUGCCUUCACAUCCUGGUGCAAAUCACAUGUACCCAAGAACUCUGGCUUUGACACAACAUCUUACCAUCACCAUGCCAGUAAUGGCUUCCAUACAGUGUUACCCUGGCAACCAGAGAACGCUGGUAGCUCCAAGCGUGUUAGGUCUUUGUCAGACUGUGACCACCUCUCAGUCAUAAGACUCUUCCACCGUAUACAUCUGGGCAUUCCAUCCCCUCUUCAGGUGAAGCAUUAGGAUGCGUAGAGAGAGGAAGUAAUUGAGCACCCAAACCUGUGCGUGGGAAGAAUUAGAGCGCUGGACACUGUCUUGAGAAUCUACGCUUCAAAAUGAUCAGAGAUUGCCAGAAAGCUGCCAGAGGAUGAAAGGCCUCAGGACCCAACUCACAUGACUCAGUCCAGUGACACGUCUUGUGUCUCCUGGAUGCUCUGUGCUGAACUGGGACUGCCUGACUUCUUUUAGCCUGGUCCCUUGCUACCACCUUGACCCAUUUGUCUAACCUCUCUCUGUUUAAUUCUUUACUACUGCCGUCAACCCUGCUGCAGGAUGGGUGCCACCUUCCUGCCUGGUUGCUGAGACUCCAUGCACGGAGAGGAAAGAAAAGCAGGCUGGAGGAAGCACUCUCCCAUUGCCAAAUCAGUUUGAGCAGUAGGAAACCACAUGAUUACAUUUCUAAUUGCCUGUCAUGAAGAGGAGUAUCUACGGUGAAGUUUCCCUUCUCACCCUCAUUAUCACCCCCCUUAUCCUUGCAUGCUUAAAUAUUUUAAAGUUUUAGCUGUAGUAGCAUCUUUUACCAGUGUUUUAAAGUGGUGACUAUGCUGUCUGAAAUUUCCAUUGGAUUAUAAGGUGUACUGCCCAAUUCUUACUUAGACUAAACAAAGCUAACAUCCUCAAUCUUCAAUUUUAAUAGAAAAAAAUCAAUAUUAUCAGUUGGGCCUUUGAAAAUCACACAAAAGGAUAGACAAGUUUCAAAUUGGCUAACCUAAUUGGCUAUUUAGUUCCAAACAACUUUUCCUAGCUUUCUUCAGUGGAAUCAGAAAGCUUGUCGGUCACCCAUGUGUUUUAAAGUAAUUACUUUGGAAAUGGUGCAUUUGUGCUUCUGGACUAUGGUGAAGCGUUACUUCAGUUUACCUCAGAUCUCACUCCAUCCUCCAUUUGAAUUUAAGUGGUUCUGUGUUCAAUUUAUAGUUAUAAUUGAUCUUCGAGCUGCAGAGUGCCCCUACACGGGCAGGUGCCUGCAGCCCUGACACGUGCACACGGACAUCUGCCACCGCUGCAAGCAGAAGUCUGGAGAAGUUCGCCAACAACGGGAUGGUCAGGGAGAGCAUGCUGAUGUGGGUUCUCAGCUCACAAAAUCCCUGACAUGCAUUGGACUGUUUUCUGAAGCUUGUAGUUAACUUUUGGCAGUGUGUACUAUGCUAUCUUACUAUCUAUAUUAUCUAUAAGUGUUAGAUGUUAAGGAUAAGUAUUAGAGGUUAAGGAUAAGUAUUAGAGGUUAAGGAUAAGUAAUCUUAAUUCUAUAGUAUUAAAAUUUAGAUAAGUUUCCUUUCAACUGAUUUGUUUUUGUUGAUCAAAUUUAUGUUAUUUGGCUCUUUUAAGAAUUUCUUUUGUCAUUUUCAAUAAAAAUG